CUCGAGCGCUCCUGAAAUUAAUGUCAGAAUGACGAAUAUGAUGAAGGGCUGCGCUGAAUAUUUCAUGUAUGACCCAUAUGAGGGGAAGGAGAGAGAGGUAGAGAUGCUGGAGACCGAGCUGUGCUGAUGCUGCCGACAGACUCACAGAGGGAGGGUCUUUUUUUUCCUCCACGCGCGGAUUAUUGCUGCUCUGCACCGCUUGAAGAUCCAUAAGGGAAGCACCCGAGGAGAAUCGGAAGAAACCGAAGCCCAGACGCCGAAAAGUGCUGAUUCCAAAACACCACCCAAUCGGUCAGGGCGAUGAUGGUGCCCUCGGCCCAUGAGUUUCAUUGGCAGAGCCUGGCGAGUCUUUCCAGUGCACGCGUCUAUCAUUCGUUGGCUGAUGUUGGUGGGCAGCUGUAUUUGAUUGGUGGCUGCGACGCUUCGGGUCAACCCACCAGCGCUCUGGAGCUGUACUCGCCCGAGGUGGACCGCUGGCUCAGUCUUCCUCCGAUGCCCACACCGAGAGCCGGGGCUGCAGUGGCAGUUUUGGGGAAGCAGCUGCUGGUGGUCGGUGGGAUGGGGAAGGAACAGCGCCCUCUGAAGGCAGUGGAGGUUUACCACACAGAUGAAGGGAAAUGGAGGAAGAGGUGCUCGCUCAGAGAGGCGUCUAUGGGUGUUUCUGUCACCGUGAAAGACGGCAGAGCUCUGGCUGUUGGGGGAAUGGGACCAGACCUCCUGCCCAGAAGUGUGCUUCAGCAGUACGACCUUCGCAAGGACGUGUGGGCGCUCCUUCCAGCCAUGCCCACCCCACGCUACGAUACCAGCGUCUGCCUACUGGGCUCCAAGAUCUACGUGGCAGGUGGACGUCAGUGUAAGCGUUUGGUGAAGGCGUUUGAAGUCUUCGACAUGGAAAACCGCACCUGGUCCUCUUUACCCAGCCUGCCUUGCAAAAGAUCUUAUUCUGGGGUCUUAUGGGACAGCGCUGGGUGUCUCUGCUGGUUAGGAGGACUCAGACAAGGAGGAAUACACCAAAGCUCAAAGUUUACUAAGAAUGUUAACAUCUUCGACACCAAUCAAGGAGUUUGGCUGAAAUCAGAGGACACCGUACCCUUGAAGACAAAGCGGGCAGACUUUGCCGCAGCCAUAGUGCGAGGCAGAAUGAUCGUGGCGGGAGGUCUAGGCCAUCAGCCAUCAGUGCUGGACACUGUUGAAGCUUUUCAUCCCGAAAAAAGAAAAUGGGAAAGGCUGUCACCCAUGGCCACGCCGCGCUGCUCUGCCUCAAGCAUCGUGAUCCGGGAUCGCCUGCUGGUAGUGGGAGGUGUCAAUCAAGUCCCAAGCUCCGCCCACGAGAUUCUAUAUGUAAAAGAGGAGGAGAUUCUUUAACCACUGAACUACUUUAGGUUUUAUGCUGGGAAGAAAAGGUUGCCUUCAAUGAUCUAGUAAAACAAAUGUUUAUACUAAAGGUGCGGUUACGAAUGACAUUGCUCAGAUAAAUUCAUUGAUUCCAGUAUGAUUCUACACAAGACAAAAUCCCAAUGAAUUCCUCAUUUAUGAAUUUAGGCCCUGU